AUGAGUCAGAACGCAUUUGAUCAGAAAAAGGAGCACAUACUUGCUGAGAUCCAGAGUGCUUCUCUGGAUCUGUCUCCGAAGGGCACGAUUGAUGAGCUGUGCGUCCCAAUUAUGAAACUUAUUAACUCUCACAAGGAUAUGGUGACCACUUCUUCAUGUUCUGGCCGCUUGAGUGUGUUCGUAGAGGGCAAUAAACUACACAAUGACGGGCUAAAGUCUGGAGGCAAAGGAGAAGGCGGUAAAUGGUUGUUUGUCACGCAUGACCGUGAUCAGGUAAGAAAUUGGGACCACAGAAUUACAGAACCCGUAGUCUACAAUACUGACUUAGGAGGAGCUCCAUUGGACUCAUCGACCAGAUACAUUCUCUACAAAUAUGAACCUUUCAUUCUGCAUGUUAAGUGUAGAGAUUUUCAAAGUGCUUCCAAACUCUUCAACACAGCCAUGUCAUGCGGUUUUCGAGAAAGUGGAAUUGGCAGCAACAAUAUUGUUGCGCUCAGAGUGAACAUUAAACUAGAUGUUCCAAUCGGCUUUAUGGAUGACUCCACAGGACAACUGGUUUUCUUCGUUACCCAAAACUACAUCAAUAUUAUCAAUGAAAUGACGCUAACCAAGUACACAGAAAAUUCCAAGAAGAUGCAAGAGCUCUACGAGAAAAUUGAACUACAAAUCGUAACGUCAAAGGAGCCUGCAAGCGACAAACAAGUAGAGACUAAAGAGGAACGCAGAGUGCGAAAAAGAAAAGAGGGAUUGCUUAGAAAAGAAGCAGGAUCACAACAAAAAGCUACCUAA